AUGCUGGAGGCCAGACCCCUCCAGUGUUACAAAUGUUUGGAAGGGGGCCACGUGCGCGCGAGAUGCCCCAACAACACGGACCGCAGCGGCAGAUGUUACCGCUGCGGAGAGAAGGGACACGCGGCACGGAACUGCACAGCCGACGUGAAGUGCCCGGUGUGCGCGGACAAGGGACUGCCCGCAAAUCACAGAGCGGGCGGCAAAGCGUGCACACCGGUGCACAAAGGAAAAAGGGGUGUUCCGCUUAACAAAGUGAUGGAGCACCCCAGAGGAACAGCCCAAAUGACCGUUCCAGUUGCCCCCCUUAUGAGCCUCGAGGAGCUCAAGGAACAAAGGGCUCUUCGCUCCAGAACAAGGGGGGAGAAGAGGGAAGAGGAGAAGCUCCCAAUGAAAGGAGGGAGAAAAAAGAAGAGGUUGCAAGAGGACCUGAAGGAAGGAAACCCCGCUGCGAUGGACACAACGGGGCCCGCGGAAGCAGCAGCAAGAGAAGAUGGCCUGUAA